UGGAACUCACUCCUCCUCACACCAUAUCGACUACGCUUCUCCCACGUGUCAAGUCCUAUGUCUGGUAAUGAUUAGUACAGCCAUUGCCUUUUACUUGAUGAACCGGGAGUAGUACCGCGAUCGCGUUUCAUGGAGAGUCCACCCACUUUUGUAUUCAUUUUCGCGUUUUAAGAGAGUCGCUCCUUCGGGGACCGCCCACCUCCCCCUCCAGCCACAUCGCCCAGGAAUAGAUAGAUCUUGCGACGUCCACAACCGGCACCUACCUAUUUUUCUCCGUCUAGGUACCUUAGUCAACACUCUGUCAAACUACCUAUUCGACGUCCACGGUCCAACCCAUCACGCGUCGAUUGUUCCACGCGUUGUUCAACCCGACCGGUCAGCUAUAGUAUCGGUCGUAAGUCUACCCGUCGAGACCGCGAGUUCCUCUGCUCUCUUGUCGCAUCGGGAGAAGAAAGUGCGGUCUGGCAAGAGGAAAACAGAAGCACAACGCUCGCCAUGGAAGAAACCAACGGAAUCUCGCCUCUUCCAACCACCCUCGAGGCCGAACCGGUGCCGCGUCCCAGUUCUACCUCGACCAACGAAUCCGUACCUCAGUUACCGGGGAUCUCAUCGCUCUCUUCGGUCAAUUCAGCCACCAACUCACCACAAAUGAGACCGACAACCGCUGCCCUUCCUCCCCAAGAUCCCUCUCGGACGACAACACCGCAACCUAUGUCGCAACCGGCACCACCACCACAGCCGACACCACAACCGGCACCGCAACCGGCACCGCAACCCGCACCACAACAGGUACAAGAACUACCAGUCCAGACCCAGCAGCAGCAGCACCAGGCACAACAACAACAGCAGCAGCAGCAGCUACAGCCACAGCCCGUGUUACUUCCUGGCCCGUCGCCUACUCCUGCAAUUGCUGGAAGAGGACCGGGUCCUCAAACUGUAAGGAAUCCCCUCCGUUGCGCCAAAUCACACUUCGUCCCACACAUUCUUGUCUGUUCGCUUGCUUUUCUUUUUACGCACUU